GAUUGAAGGUCGGUGAAGGCGAUAAGUUGUAAUUGUCGCACAUUAACCACGGGAUGGAACCUGUGAAUUUGUUGAGAAAGAUAAGCUAGUACCUGACAUAAAUCAGUGUAGUUCAUAGAAAUUUCUAGGAAGGCUAGGAGCAACGAGAAAUCAAUUGUUGCUUGUGAAACACAAUGGGAGAAAUUACGGAGUAUUAGCUAAAGAUCCAACGCGGCAUGUCACCAAAUGACGCCUCACACUUAACCAAUCGUACGUUGCAGACAGCAGCUCUACCAGCAAGCAACGUGAGAAAAUACUUUUGAAGUAUGCGAAACCCUGAAGAAACAACCAAUCACCAGGCGGAGUUAAAACCGAUUCAGUGAUGGGUCCUAUAGGGAAACAGGAAUUAAAGGAAGGCCAGACGCUCGUGUCACAGACGGGUGCUAGAAAAAGAUCGGAAGUUCUCAAUAAUGUAGCAACGGAUGAUCGAUCGGAGGUUGUCACAGGUGGAGUGAAUGCGUUAUUAGGAGCUUGCGACUCAGUAGUUGCUGGCAGCGAUACUGCAGCUACGACGAACUCUGAAUCCGUUAAACAACGAGCGAAGGCAGCUGUAUUAAACUUUAAUCAGUAUAUGGAUAGGGGGCAACUAGAAAAUGCUGCUAAACCCAACAUUCUCCCCGAUCCUGACAAAGGAGUUGGCGAGGUAACACCAGAUCAAAUUUCUAAACUUUUGGUGCAAGCAAAAGCCGUAGGUGGUGUUUCAGGACAAAGAGUAACACUAGCUACAGUAGGUUUGUGCGGAAGCAUAAAGAAUACCGAAGCUGUGUCAGUUCAAAAGGCGACUGUUUUAAAAGAAGCUAUUGUUCAAACGACCAAACCUAUCAGGAAGGUAGACCGCCGGUCCUUAUCCAAGAAAAACAUUGCACAAACGAUAUCUAUGGUAGGAAAUACGGAUACUCCAAGUUUUUCACAGCUUAAACCUACGAAAGCUGCUCAGAUAUUAGGCGCCGUAAAAAUGAGAGGGCCGCAUCUAGUCCAAGACAGGAGGCAUUUUAGCGACUCAAACCGUGCACCAAUUUUGGUGUUUAAUCAAAGAAGGAGAAACGAUCCAGAUACAGAGCCAGCUGUGGUAACGGAACAGGCUCAGAAUGGAGGUCAUAAAAGGAACAUUAAUUAUACCCCAGUCGCCAGACCUGCAAGCCAUCUGCGCAUCGGUAUUUCUCAAAAGGCCCAAUUACCUCAACAUUUAAAAACAGCUGGGAACGUCAGAUCUGCUCGGACCACUGAUACAGCUCAGGCUACGAGAUGUUCACGAGAAGUAAUGCUAUCGUGCAAAACGGGGCUUUGCCUCAGUCUAGAUGCCACUGAAACUCCCAAGACUCCUAGAACUAUUCGAACAAGUGGAGAUGCUGAAAGCAACCGGUCUGCAAUCAAGUAUAAAGCUCUUCAAAGUUCGGUAUUGACUCGGAACGGUAAGCAUGGUCGGGAUGAGCAACCCUCCCUAAAUACGCACGUUGUUGAAGAAAAAAUAACAAACCGAGAAACGCGAGCAACUAGCUCAGCACUCAUAAGCCGAAACGCUAGUGCCACUGGACGAAAUGCAAAAUAUGGACCUAGUUUCACGCUGCCUUCAACUCACCGUCGUAGAACUUGUGUCAAGGGGGCUAAAACCCCUCAAGCUUCUUCAACAGUCGAAGCCGAUUCUUGUGGUCGAGGCACUGCAAAAGCCUCUCAAAACACGCGACCUCGCUCUGUCAGGGAUACGGGGGCACAGGGUGACGCAAAGAAAAUUGGACAUGUACGACAAACAUUAAUAAUGGAAGGAACCGGUGAUUGUUCGAGGAAACACAUUUGUUCUGGAAACGGCGUCAUUUGGAGGUUUGGCUAUCGUGGAAAAAAUCGAGGGGCACGUAUUCUAUUUCGAAACAGAAGUAAGACACCUGGAAGAGUCCGAUCAUUCAGUACGAACCAGCUAACUACGCGCGCUCAAGACCGUCGUGGUAAAGCAGCUGUGGAGGUUCGACCUGGUAAUCGACAGAGGACUACACAGGAAGCUCGUGGUUUUGGAAAAAAUAGGUCAGUUGCCAGGGGUCACACUGCUCGUCGAAGGGCUUCUGCGAAAGUGGGUAAUCGCCGUCAUCGAUGUAGGACAAACGCUGCGGAAUCUCGGAGCCACUUGGACCCAGGAACUAUGAUAGGCCGAAUUUAUAUACCAAGUCGUACGCGGGCUCGAAUUAGACCUGCUAGAAAUCAAAACCAAUGGGCAAGAUGGAGGCUAUGGGGAAGGCAGUGUCGCUGGAGUAGAAGAAUUCAACCGAGUAUCAAUACCAGUAGCGGUAGCGGAUCAAGCAGCAGUACACGUGCAAGAUACGGAUCCCGCUUAAGAGGAGGUUUUUCCUCUUCCGGGGAGUGUAGUGGUAGCGAAAGAAGUGAGUAUGAAGAUGAAGACCUAGAUUAUUCCGAUGAUGGCUGCGAAGAGGUCAGUUCUUGGCAGAGCAUGGAUGCGUCUACGGAAGCCGAAGAUGAUAAUGAGCUCAAUGUGUACGACCUGCGACAGGAUAAAACCGACCGGUAUGGCUACUUUUUAGAGAGAAACGAGGAUGUUUUAGAAGAGGAAACUAAUGAAUGUCACAAAACACCGCAAAAAUUCGAUCAGAGAGCGCAAUUCACACAGGUUAAUGCAAAGACUGCCCACGUGCCGCGGGACAGGUCCAGGGCGAAAGAAUCUAAAAAGCGAGAUGGUGCUAAAGGGAUACGACGUUCAGUUAAAGAAUUAAAAACAGGAAGUAAAUGCGAGGUUAUACCGAGAAAAGAAAUGAGUCGCAGAAAAAAGAAAAUCGCUAGAAAAUUAAGCCCAGUUAUUAUCGCAGCAGGAAGCACGGGUCUUCAUGGAGACGAAAAUCCUGAGCAGGAAACCAAGGAUAGAUCUGACAGAAGAGGCAGACAAGGUAGAACUAAGUCUCCUUUCAAAGCUAAAUCACCUACACGUAACAAAGGUACCACUAUAAUUAAAAGAACCAAAAAAGUUCGGGGGAGAAGUUUGCCUCCAGCUAAAACUGAUGAAGAGUUUGGCAAUACAGUCGAUUGGACGAAAUCGAUAAGAUGGGCCAAGGCCACAGACUGGACAAUAAGAAGUAUGAAGAAAAGCACUACACCUACACCUACACCUGCACCUAGGGUCCCUGCUAAAAAAAAAAAACCGAGGAAGUUUGAAGAUAUGGAACAACCAAUUCAACCUGAUGAGCCCGGCGAGCCAGCUGCAGGAAGCAGCCCAACUAUGGACGAGCUAGAACAAGCCUUGGUGAACACUAGAGGUCCUACAGGGGCAGGAAUCCGUAUGGCCAAAUCUGCAAGAAGCAUCGGUAUUACCUGCGCGUUCCCUAGACCUUGUAAGUCACACGCGAGACACAACCUUUCAACGAAACAACUAUCUCCUGGAAGCCGUGAAAUUUCCAUGGAACAUCGACACUGUGAAAGUGACAAACCCGACGAAAAUCGUGCGUGCUUUGGAUUGCAGAAUUUCUCUUCCCGACGUAGGUCUCCUACAAGGCAAUCUGCUUUAAGAUCUAAAUCUUAUACACGAUGUAGGUCUGAAGGCCCAUCGUACGGCGUGGUGCUUUUUGCUUCGGAAAAGAGGAAGUCUUCCAUACGAGGUGUGGUAUCGGAUGUCGCAUCGGAUCGUAGACACAUUCGAUUUUCGUCAAUCGAUGCUUCCCAUACCGGUGCAAGAAGUUCUACUAAUGAGGAACAUCCUACAGAAAGGGAGUCUUCUACGAAUUAAAGACCUCGAUUCUGAAGUAGUGACGCCAAUUUUAUAUCGCUGGUUCCGAAUUUCUUAAAACAUUCAUUUAGUUGAUUCGACGUUUCUCACAUUGCAGGGAUUCUUUAGCGCAUGUCUUAUAGCGAUUUUGGAGUAUGAACAUACAAGUUACAAAAUGAACUUCGGAUGCGUAAGCGACCACAGGUAGCAUUUUGCGCGCCUAUCUGCACAGUAUACCAACAUAGCAAAAGGAAUCGCUUGGCCCCGUAGUACCGAUAGUUACUACAUUCCAAAGUUGUCCCGAAAGCAUUCGUUUGUGAUAAAACGAUUAGUUAUACCGCAUGACUGUGAUCUAAGACAAGAAUGUUCUUGAGAGGUUCCUUUAUAAUCGAUAAACAAUUCCCUAUUUAUGUGCUCAUCGUAAGGGGAAGAACGAAGUGAGGUGCAGGGUUUAGUAAGAAGGAUGUCAGUGGACACCCAAGUGCCGCAAUGCACACCAACAUGUUAAGCUGUCAUGCAUUAGUUAGCGAAUCUCUAACAAUGAAUUGAUUUGUUUAAGCUGAAUUUAUAUAAAUAAAUUAUAUUGACGAUCAUUUACUAAGCGGA